UGCUUCUCAUUUAGUUUUCAACUAACCCUUGUAGGUAGAUUCUAUAAUUAUCCCCAUUUCACUGAUGAGGAAACUGAGGCUCGAAUGGGCUAAACCUCUUGUCAGUGGUCCCUCAACCCUUGGUGAAGCUGGGGUCAGUACCCACGUAAGUCUAAGCUCUAGUUCUUAAUAGUACUACAUUGCCUUUCAUGGGUAUUUUCUCCUUGAAUUUAAUUCAGCCAAUGAGGAGCAUGUUUGUAAAAACAUACGCACAUGUACAAAGUUUAAAAAUAUGACUAAAGUAGUAAAAGAGAUCUGGCUAUACUGCCAAUGGUGUCUGGGUAUAUACUCAGCAUUUCCUUUACUGAUCUAAUGUUGAUAGACAACUCAUCAGCUACCUCUUAUCACCAGUUACAGAUUUGCUUUUUAACUGAUCGGAUCCUAGAGUAAAAGACAAAAAUCCAUGUGCUUUACUAAGGUAGAAGGGUAAAAGACAUAUGAAAUUAAUAGCUAGAUCAUAGAUCCUCUCAGAGGCAGAAGGGCUUCGGUUUUUGUUGUUUAGGCAAAGGAGAGGCUGCUGAGAACAUGGGAACAAUGGCACCUAAAGGGGAAGUCAAGAGGCUCUGAAAAAGAAAGAGGAAUUUGGAAUUGUUUGUAAGAGAAAGUGGGAUCGGGCCAGAAGGACGUGGGCACAAAGGACCAUCGUCCUGCGAGAUUGUCAUGUGGGAGGGGGGCACCAGAGCAAUGUCCCACACACAAUGCUUAAGUGUGCAGUCUGGUGCGUGACGUUUCUCGCCUCGUCCUUCGGAUCAUCAGGAAAAGUCUGCUACUGUGAUCAUCUUGAGUUCAUGGUUCCUUGGGGGGCAGGUGGGUUGUAGGAUGGGGCCAAGGAGAGGUAACUUUGUCCCCUCUUUCAGUGGACACCAGAGUGGUGAUAGAGGAAUGGGCACAGGCAACAGAGAAAAUGCAUUCAAUGGAAGUAGAAAAUAGAGCAGUGGGGAUCCCGAACUUAGAAUCCCUCAGAGAAAUACUGGGGAGAGCUUUGGGGUUUUACCAGAAUGGGGGUUUUAAUCAACUUAUCCUGAUCUGAAAGGGAUGACCAACCCUAGGGGACAUGUUGAUUACACUACAGAAACUCAACUAUCUAGCUUUUUGGGUAAAGAACAAUGUUACGUUUGCCAGAACCAGGGAACAGACAAUGACAUAGCUCUUCUUGAAUGUAACUUUGAAUAUAUCAGCAUGUGCAGUCAACUUAUUUGCUGACUUACAAACAACCCGAUGAAAUUUUUUGCCAGUUAAACCUAUUAUUGCCCAUAAUGAAAGACUCUAAAUGCACUAAUCACAACAUGCAGCCUUCUAUUUGAUCACAGUUUUUAAAACUUCAUGAUACAGGGGUUUUUAGGUAUACUCAACACAUUUUCCUUCAGAAAUCUGAUUGGUUGUUCUAGAUGCUGUGAAUGAUAUAAAUUGAGCUCUCAGUUGGAAGAAAUCUAAAGGAUCAAGCAUCCCUGAGUUUCAGACAGAAACUUCCUCUGAACACACAUAUUCAAAGGUAUGUGGAUUUUAUUCAUAAUUUGGUAUCCUUUCUGUUGUAUUCAUUUCCUUUACUGCAUUUCAUGUACGAAAAGAUGCAAACGUAUUCUGCAUUUCUAAUAUUUUAUGCUGUCAUAUUCAGUUACUUCUUCAGCCGGACCAUAAUUAAAUUAGACUCUGAUUACUUAGAUGGAUUAUUUUACUCUCUAAUGCAGCAACGUGUCUGUCUGUAUUUCGCUAAGUUUUACUUCCAGAAUCCCAAAGCACUUUUGGGGGCCAAAUUUCACAGUAAAAUAUUUAUUUUCAUUACUUGCCAACUAAGAUAAAAAUGAUUUUUCACAGGCUGUGAUCUACGACUUUAAAAGCCAUCUUGUUUAAUUACAUCAAAUAGAACCACCAACUAAAUGUGGGUUUUUUUCCUCAUUAAUUCAAACUUUAAAAAAACACAUUUAGGAGGUAGAACGCGUCAGCGCACUUUUUACAGCUGGCAUUAUUACACAGGAGACUCACUUUCUUUGCAAAAUUCAAGACCUUGCUUCUGACAGUUUUCAUAGUCAAAAAUUUGUACCGCAAAGCAAUGUGCGUAUUUUAGGAUGGCCUGUUCCGCUUCAUGUCCCAAGGGUCAUAAAGUGUAUAAUUACGGUACAGUGCCAAACAAAAAGAAGAUGUCAUUGACUAAACAUGGACUCUUUCAAGCGGAAGUCAUUCAAAAGUCAUGGAAUGAUCGCACAAUAUUAGCACUGUCCUCUCCCUUCCAUUCAACCACAUCUUUUGUUCCCGAUCUGGAGCUCAGAGAUGCCACCUGAGGGUCUUGCCUGAAGGCCUACCGGUUGACACACCUGGAACUUCACUCCACUCCUUCCUUACUCUAUUUUGGUAAAUUCCUUAAGGCCUUUUCGCAGACAGUUAGUCUUUGUUUUUAACAGCAGCAGUGCUCAGGGGCACCGUACAAAAAAACCUUUUUUGUGCGUCCUGGUUCUGAAAGUAUCCAAUACUGUGCACCUGAAAGAUCUCCUCAGCUUUUAGAGCCAGCUCUAUUCUUUACGAUCGUUAAUCAUAUGCUACGUUUAGCUUCUAUGAAUCCACAGGCUACACAGGUAUAGGAGAGUAGCAACCAAAUCGUGUAGUGAUAGAUUGACAUCUCUACAAUUUGUUCUUCUCUCAACCUAAGUGAGAAGCAUCCUUGUCACUCUCGUCAUUCCAAAAGCAAUGAAAUGAGCUGAAAACUGGAAAUCACAUGUGAAUGAAGUAACCUCACAAAGAAUGGUCCCAUCCUCUUUACUAGCGACAGAGUAAUAUGGAUUACGUGGGUUUUAUGGAGUAUUAAUUGUGUCCAUAUUUGCGAAGAGAUUUAGCUGUCAACUUAUAUUUCAGGGCCAGCAAGAAAUGGGGACCUGGAUUUUGUUUGCCUGCCUCCUGGGAGCAGCCUUUGCUAUGCCCCUACCACCUCAUCCUGGGCACCCUGGUUAUAUCAACUUCAGCUAUGAGGUGCUCACUCCUCUGAAGUGGUACCAGAACAUGAUAAGGCAUCCGUACCCUUCCUAUGGUUACGAACCCAUGGGUGGAUGGCUGCACCACCAAAUCAUUCCCGUGCUGUCCCAGCAGAACCCCCCGAAUCACGCCCUGCAGCCUCAUCACCACAUCCCCAUGGUGCCAGCUCAGCAGCCCGUGGUCCCCCAGCAACCAAUGAUGCCAGUUCCUGGCCAACACUCCAUGACUCCAACCCAACACCACCAGCCAAACCUCCCUCUGCCUGCCCAGCAGCCCUUCCAGCCCCAGCCCGUCCAGCCGCAGCCUCACCAGCCCAUCCAGCCCCAGCCACCCGUGCACCCCAUCCAGCCCCUGCCGCCACAGCCACCUCUGCCUCCGCUGUUCCCCAUACAGCCCCUGCCCCCCAUGCUUCCUGACCUGCCUCUGGAAGCUUGGCCAGCAACAGACAAGACCAAGCGGGAAGAAGUGGUGAGUAUCCCUUGAAGCCACGACAACAUCUGUGAAAAUGUGGUAAAGCAAAAUUGGCCCCCAGAGUUCUAAGUUCUCAAA